AUGUCUACCGUUCCCCGACGCAGCUUUUCCCUCGAGGUCGAUACUGCAACUCCUUCACCAAGUGCGACCUCGUCGAGACCCACUUCUACUCCUUCCGCUUCCGCCCUUAGCAACACAUGUUCCGCCAACAGUGACUGCGCUGCCGACAAAACCUGUUCUAAUGGGAUAUGUACCACCGUUAGUCAAGCUGCGCCGUUUGCGCCUGCUGGUAGCUUGAGUACAGAACCAACAACACAUCUCGACACCGGGACAGCUAUUGGUAUUGGCGUGGGAGUUGUAGCACUCGUUGCCUUGAUGAUAGGCCUUGGGUUUUGGUUCUUCAGGAUACGGAAGAGACGGCAGCCCAUUCCUUCGCCCGAAGCACCUCCCACCACCCGCGAUCGGUCUGCAUCGACUGCAACCAAAUGGACGAUAGACAAUGAUCAGAAGACGCUUGUCGCCUCGUUACCGAACAGCCCACAGCACACAGCAUUUGCCACGCAAACGUCUGGAUUUCCUUCAGAAUUUUACACCACAUCCGGAAAAGUCAUGGAUGACGAGGAGAAGCAGGCGGCGGAGUACAGGCUCCGGGAUGGUGGGAAUCAGAACGGCCAGACGCCUCUAAGUCCAGUCGAUAAGGCUCUUCCCUGUCCACCAACUGAGGAGAAGCGUUAUGCAAUCAAUGUCAACAUCAACAAGAGCAUGAUAUUCGACGAUAUCAUGUUCAACGCUGCCGCUUAUGCUCCCAGCCCGGUCAUCACUCCACAUGAACGCGCUCCGAGAUAUCGCUUCGAGGAGUACCUACCGCCCGUCCCACCGAGCAACCCUCGGAUUUCCAUCACAAAGGCCAAGCCUAGAGCCGCAAGUACGAUCAGUUCAGAGUACGAACUAGAAAACUACCCGCACGGCAGCGACUACAUCGAAUCGACAAGGCAUUCUAGAUCGGAUGCCGGUGACGAAUACGACGAGUCGCAAUAUUUGAACUCUAGAGACAACGCGCUUUCGAAACUUGAAGGCGGCCUCUCGUUACCUGACUUGCCUCCACCGAGUCCUAGCUUCAGCUUCCGCUCUUACGACUGGUACCAGGACAUUAUCGGCGGUGACCACACCGUCACUGAAAUAACCUACGAAAUACCACCAACCCCAGAAAUCCCACUUCGAAGCCCAGCCAGAGGCAUAAACCCAUUACUUUCAAACCCCCCCGACUCUCGCUUGAUGCCAGAACCCCUGUCACCAGCAUUUCCUUCUCCCGUAGCUGGCUCGCACCUACACCCCAAUUCCGCCCGACUGUCAUCCCUCCCCAGUCCCUCCAGCCCCAACUUCCGCCUCUCUCCCACCAUUUACCAACCGCCAAACGCACGCCGCGACGCACUGCCGCCGCCGCGUCUGCUGCGCCACCAGUCUAUGGUCGCUAGCAUCGUGCCCGGCAGCGAUGCGACGCGUACAGGGCGCACGUCGCGCCGCCAGAGUGCUGUCACCCAGCACAGCCAUUUCUCGCGCAGUUGGCUGCCGGACGAUGGGCUUUAUCUGCCUGAGGAGGGCACAGAGGACUCGUUUGAGGUGUUUCAGCGCGGGGGGAAAGCGUACUCGCCGCUUGCGUAG